UCUCUCUCUCUCUCUCUCUCUUUCAUUGUCACUCUUUUUGCUGCGCAUUGCAAUAGCAAAACAUUUUCUAUAGUUUGCUUUCAUUUCAACGUCCAAGAAAAUCUUCCAUUUGUUUUUGUGUCAUGGCUGAGGAAACAAAGAAGACAGCUGCCGAAGAGGCCGUGGUGUGCGACGUGCCGGUGGCGGAGGAAACAAAAACGACAGCUGCCGAAGCAGCCGAAGAGGUCGUGGUUUGCGACGUGUCGGUGGCGGAGGAGCCCGUCGUGGAGAAGGAGAAAGAAUGCGAGGAGGAAAGCAAGGUUGCGGAAUCCGUUUCGUUCAAGGAGGAGAGCAACAAAGUUGAUGACCUCAUCGAUCCGCAGAAGAAAGCUUUGGAUGAGUUCAAACAAUUGAUUCAGGAGGCCCUCAACAAACACGACUUCACCGCCCCGCCACCUCCCUCCGCCGCCAAGGAGGAGGUGAAGAAGGAAGAGCCCAAACCUCAGACGGAGGAGGAGGAGAAGACUGAAGAGCCCAAACCUCAGGCGGAGGAGGAGAAGAAGGAAGAAUUAGAGAAAACAGAAACUUGUGAAGAAAAGGAAACACCGACGCCGUGUGCGGAGCCAUCAGAAGCUGCUGAAGAAAUCAAGGAAACCAUAGUUCAAGAAGUCAAGGCCGAGGAAGCUCCACCGCCGGCGCCGGAGGAGGUCUCAAUCUGGGGGGUCCCACUUCUCGCCGACGAGAGGAGCGACGCCAUCCUCCUCAAAUUCCUCCGCGCUCGCGAUUUCAAGGUGAAGGAAGCCUUGGCGAUGCUGAAAAACGUGGUGGCGUGGAGGAAGGAAUUCAAGAUCGAAGAGCUGUUGGCGGAGGAAGGACUCGGAGAAGGGCUGGAGAAAGUCGUGUACGUGAAUGGAGCCGAUAAGGAAGGCCACCCAAUUUGUUACAACGCCUUCGGAGAGUUUCAGGACAAGGAGCUGUACAGCAACACAUUCCCGUACUCCACCAGCAGCUUCGCCACGCCGGGCCUCACGUACCCGGCGGCCAUGUGGAGCACCGUCAGGCCGCCGCUGACGUCCCUGUAGUUGAUGUCGGCCCCC